AUAAACCGGCGAAGCUGAGUUAAGUGAGUGAGUCGUUGAGCUGCGAUCGGCGACGGUCUCUUCUCCGGAGGGAAAAAAAGAAAGUGAAAGAUGAAGUUGAAGGUUGUGUACCGUAAGGUCUCCGAUUACAUCCGUUACGAUCUCAAAGAAAUCGUCUUACCUUCAUCACUCCCCGAUCCUCCUCACGUCGUUAAACGCCGCAAAUUGACUUGGCACGAGCGAUACCUCGUGUUGAAGGAAGCUUCAAGGCUUUAUGCUGCAAGCUGGGUUCGAGAUAUAGGUCCUGAACUUCGUCCAAAUGAUUACAAGAAGCAAGGAGACGCUGAACCUAAAAAACAAGCCAAGGAGACUGAGAAUGAGCCCUCUGUUUUGGAAGAUCUUGCGGUGGCUGCAAGAGGUGGGAUGGAGACUCUAAGGCCUGCUUUACAUCGCCUGUACAUGACUCGAGCUUCUCAUUAUAAAGAUGCUCUUUCAAGCUUUGUAAAAGGUUACCAUGAGGGCUUGCAGCAAGUUAUGCAGAAUAAAGCAGAGUCUGAAGCCCCUGCAAAUGAAGCUGACAAAUCUAAAAAACCACCUGACCUUUAGUUAGCUGCAAAAGCAGGAUUUAUUUAUGUGAAAUGCGAGUAUGUAUGUAGCUAGAUCGUGGGUUCUUUGAUGGUGUACCACUACAAAGAUUUCUAUCAACUACAUAGUCUUUAAUGCACAAUGUAGCCUAUUUUUGAAGCAGCUUCUAGAAAACAAAAACAUCUACACAUGUUCUUCGUAGAUUUAAGUUCCAGAAAGUUUUGUGAUAAACCUAUUUGUGAUGGGUUUGAUCCCCUUUACAGCGCUUAUUCAGAUUUCAUUUCUCCA